AUGGCGCACCACGACGUCGCCAUCCGCUGGUGCGAGGCCGAGGUGCGCGCGCACGAGUACGCGAACACGGCGAGCAACGUCGCCUUCGUCGCCGUCGCCGUCGCCGGGCUGCGCGACUGCCGCUCGCGGCGGCUGCCGCGGCCCUUCGUCGCCGCCGAGCUGUCGCUCUGCGUCGUCGCCGUCGGGUCCGUGCUCUUCCACGGCACGAAGACGUGGCUCGGCGAGCUCCUCGACGAGGUGCCGAUGCUCGGCCUCGCCGUCGUCUACCUCUGGACCGUCAUCGGCCUGCUGCCGCCGCGCUGGGCCGCGCCGGCGAUGGUCUGCGGCGGCGGCGGCGCGGCGGCGGGCCUCGCCCACUACCUCCGGCACCGGGACCACGCGUUCUUCUCGCUCCUCUUCACGGUGCAGGUUUUAGCGCCCGCGUUGAUCGCGUUCGCGUCCGCGCCGGCGCUCGGCGUGCGCCGCGGGACCUGGUACGCCUUCCUCGCGCUCAUCCUCGGGGGCAAGGUGGCCUGGGAGCUCGAGCGCGAACUGUGGCGGCGCGGCGCGUGCCCCGCGAGCGCCGCGAACCCGCUCUUCUGGCUCCACGCGCUCUGGCACGUGAAGCAGCGCCGCGCGCGGCCGGCGGCGAACCUGUGCGCGCAGCUCGGCCUCGAGGCGUCGCAGCAGGGCCUCGGCCGCAUCGGCGGCAAGCUCGCGGGCCACAUCGGCGAGAACCGCUUCGUCGUCGGCGCCGCGGACGACGGCCGGAGCAAGUGCCAGUCGAUCCUGUGCCGCGAGUACCUGCGGCCCGGCGAGCCGCGCAUCGGCAAGCGGCCGCCGUCGGUGCGCUGGGGCCACAGCCCGAAGACCAAGUGGUACCACAUCGACUGCUGCUUCGCGUCCUUCAAGCGCACGUGCAAGAAGUCGAAGACCAUCACGUCCGUCGACGACAUCGAGGGCUUCGCCUCGCUCGACGCGGCGACGGCGACGCGCGGAGCAGGAAAAGGGCGCGACAUUCCCGACUUCGAAGGCUCCUAUCUCGACCGUUUUCCACUCGCGAAGCGCGUCGCCGCGCUCGUCGACGCGCACAACGCGGCGCGCGCGGGCGACAACGCGCCGCCCCGGCGCCAGCCGAAGACGACGCUGUCCGCGCCCGCGGCCGCCGCCGUGCUCGGCGCGGCCGUCGUGCCGGCGCCGCCCGCGCGCGGCGACGGCGGCGGCGGCGACGACGGCGCGGACGACGCGGCCGGCGACGCGGCGCCCGCGCCGGGCGGCGGCGCGCCGGACCUCCUCACGCUCAUGGCCGUCGCGUCGUCGGCCUACGACCGCAUCGCGCCGCCGGCCGGCCGCGCGGUCUCCGACGGCUCCGCGUCGGGCGGCAGCGUCGCCGCGGAGAGCCCCGCGGAGCGCCACCGCGCGGCCCUCGACGACGACCUCGACGCCGCGGCGCCGUCGCCCUUCGCGGGCAAGAUCGAGGCCGCCGCGCGUCGCCCCGCGUCCCUUUUUUUUUCCACGCCGCCGCGGGGCGCGACGACCGCGCGCGCGCAGGUCGCGUCGCUCCUCGCCGGCCGCGCGCGGGGCCGCGACCCGGCGGACAACCACAACGCCGUGCUCCAGACGAAACACAACGCCGAGCACUUUGUCAAGACGUCGACGAAGGCGAACGCGGCGGGCGGCUAUUACCAUGACGACAAGGAGAACGUCGCGCCGCCGUCCGUCGACGCCAUCGUCUCGAAGUGGCGCGCGGACAAGGCCGCCGCGAAGAAGAAGCUCGCGCGGAGGAAGAAGCGGUCGUCGUCCGCGCCGCCGCCGCCCGCGCCGCCCAUCUCGCCGGACCUGCUCCCCAAGCCCCUGCGGAGCCCGAUGUACGCCGGCGUGAGCGCCCAGGACCUCGCGCUCCUCGACGUCCGGCCCCAGCCGGCCGCGCGGUCGCCGGAGCGGCGCCACUACGCGGCCUGCGUCGACGACGCGCCGGCCGACGCGCCGCGGCCGCCGGUCGCCGCGCCGCCGCCGCUCGCGGGGAGCCGACUCCGCGGCCUCGCCGCGCGGUCGCGCCGCCUCGCGGCCGCCGCGGUCGAGGCCUUCGCCGCGGCCGCGGCCGCGGCCCUCCGCGACCCGGCCAAACACGCGCCGGCGGCCGCGCUCGCCGUCGUCGGCGCCGCGAUCGUCGCCCGCGCCGUCGCCGGCGGCGGCCAGUACCGCCGCGGCUACCGCGAGGGCGUCAAGGACGGGCUCAAGUGGCGCCAGGACCUGGGCGUGGACCAGGCCCGGGCCCUCUACGCGCCCGCGCCGCCGCCGCCGGCCACGCCGAUCCUCUUCUUCUGA